GUCACAUGGUCACCUCAAUCGGUCUCAGCCGCGCUGUCGCCUUGUGUUGCCUUGAGGUUCUAUUGGGCCUACAAUAUCGAUCUAACUCUACGGAGCCUUGAGAUAGCAUCUCAUUGCCAGUGCAAGAAGUGAGUCAAGUAUGGAAACACGAGGGGAAUCGAUGGACGGCCCUGAGAAAGGACAAGCAAAGGGGCAGUUUUCUGCCUCUGAGCCCACCCACGAUAACUCGGCUGCAACUGCCAGCGGGUCAAACUGGAGACCUGUCAAGGACGAUGGAAGAGUCGCACACUACCAGGAAGAAACGCCAACAAACUACGUCACCCUUAAUACCUUUGAGGACCUCACGGCUCACCUUAAGACGACGAAAUGUCGCAUCUGCCAGGAACCGUUCUUUACCUCGGAACUCGACAUUCGUCGUUUGUUCCAGGAUUGGGCGGAUGGCGCGGUAGAUGAACUGUCCUGCAACGUUCGAUGCAGUAGCUGCAACACGCGCUCAUGCAUCGCAUGCGAGCCAGAACCCUUCGCAAGACCUUCUAAGAUCUUGUCUCAAUCUAGCAAACAAUGCGUCUCGUGGUGCUGCGUUGGCGGUCGGUUAUUUCUUAUAUGGGCACUCCUUUGUGGAUUCGACCGGCACAUCUGGGAAUCUAGGGAUGUCGGAAAGAUUUCGAAGCAAUCCAAGCUGGAGUCAAAGGCGCGUAAGACGGCUAAUAAGCCCACCCGCGGUGGUGCUGUAGGCCUAAGGGGUGGUCAUAGAACUCCGGCGGGCCACAUGCCUCGUGGUAUGGGGUAUGGAGGACAUGGUUACGACAUGCACGAAGAAACUGACUAUGAUUACGACACCGAUGAACUUGAGGAAGGCGACGAUAGCGGCAACUUUGAUGGUCCGGAGUGUGUGACAAGCGAAGCUAAGGGCUCCGAGCACAACUUAGGACACGUCGUGAACUCGAAGGAACCGGUAUCUCCAAAGCCCAAGAAGGAAACCAAGAUUUCAAGAGCCCGAAAGGCACAGAUAUGUGAAGAUGUCUUCUGUGAAAUGGUUCUGGGCUUCUUGACAGAUCUGCUUCCGAGCCUCGAGCGAGAAACCUGCUUUGAUUUCGAUCCUCCUGAAGCUGUUCUGGAAAUGCUCCGCAACAGCAAGAUUCUCCAAUACUGUGCAGAGUUACUCCGAAACGACUCAUUGGCCGACGUUAUGAAGCGCAGAAAUCUCUACCAGACUCUGUUCACCUUCUUGAUGAACGUGGGGUCACAUAGCGAAACGAGUGCGGCUCUUUUUGGCCCUCGCUUUGUGCGUCCCGAGAUGGUAGAUCUUCUCACAUUAUCGUUCUGCGCUGCUGCACCCGAUUUGAGAGAAAGCGUUUCCGUUCUCGCAGAGUGCCUACGUAAUCUCACUACUCAGAGUGCCAUGAUCCUCCUGAGCGCUAAGAACAAUGAGGAGGACUUCAAGAAUCAAGAAGGCCAGCAGAUGAUAUGGAUCUGUAGUAGCAUCUCAGCCCUUUCACAAUUUAUCAAGGAUAACACCCCCACAGAAGCUGGUAGCGAAAAGGGCAAGGAGGCUGCAGUAGUCCUUGAGGACCUUGCAAUGGGAGAAGUGGAGGAGAACUUGAUCAAACAGACUCAUCACUAUUACAAACAGGCGAAGAAACUUGACUUUUCCCGUCCGGGGAGGUUCAAGCGACUAGUUACGGAGAUCACAACGCUGCAAACAGGCCUUCCGCCAGGUAUCUUUGUACGCUAUUGUGAGAACAGGCCAGACAUCCUCAAGUGCGUCAUCACUGGGCCUGUUGGAACACCGUAUGAGAACGGCCUUUUUGAGUUCGACUUCUUCUGUACCACGGAUUUCCCCCAUACCCCUCCACUAGUCAACUUUAAAGGAACAGCAGGUGGUCGUAUAUCCAUCAAUCCAAAUCUCUACGCCGAUGGCAAGGUCUGCUUAUCCCUUCUCGGUACAUGGUCUGGCGAGCCCUGGAGUGCUAGCGAGUCAACGUUACUGCAAGUCUUGAUAUCGAUACAGGCAAUGAUACUGUGUGAGGAGCCGUGGUACAACGAGCCAGGAAGAGAGGCUGGCUACACUCGCAGUCCCAAUAGUCCUUCGGCAAUGUACAACGACAAGAUUUGCGAGCACACUGUACGUACUGCGAUUCUAGCUUGGCUCGACAAACCGCCGCCACUAUGGAAGGACGUAGUCGAUCAUCACUUUAGAGAACAUGGCAAUGCCAUCCUCAAGACAGUGGAAGAGUGGACCAAGAACAAGAUGAGUGGUACGAAGAAGCCCCGCCCUGAAACCAAUCCUAUCGACGAUGAACUAUACGACUAUGAUGAGAUCUUUGCUGUUGCUCGAGGUCGAACUGUCACUUCAGAAGAUAUGGGUACUAUGCUGCCCAAGCUACACACUGCUUUGAAGGAGCAGUAUGGGGCCACAUUCGAAGUCACAUAUGUGCCACCUGUAGAAAAGCCGACUCCACCGCCACCAACUCCAAGGAGACCAGAUCCCUCGUCAUCGUUGUGGCCGACGGUCGGAUCUCUACAAUUCGAUGUUGGGCUAAGCGCCUCGGGAGCGCCGCCUCCAGGGUCCACACCACCUGCAUUGGCUCCACCAUCAUCACUCAGCCCACCACUUGGUGUGGCUAGUUCGAUAGAAUCAUAUCAGCAUCAGAUUGCUGCCACUGCAGCUGCUGGACGUGGUGGCUACACUCAAGGCAUGGGCCGCGGAGCAUUCUCGGGUGGGGACUCCGUUUUCGGCUACACCCUAUACAACUGGGAUGGAGGCGUGGCGAUGCCAAACACGCAGAGUGGAUCUUCCAUGGGAGACUCUUCCGGUGCUCCUAGGUAUGACACCAGGUCGACUACCCGUGGGCGCGGUGAGUACGGUGGCAAUUCAAGCACCCGCGGAGGGCGGGGAGGUUUCCCCCUCGGUCCUUCACUGCCUUCAUCUGGUGCCGACAUCAACUUGGGUAGUGGUCGAGGCCGAGGUCAUACAACGCUGGGUCAUGGGCCUGGGGAGGGAGAUGCACAGGGUGGUCAGGCAACUUCAUUUGCUCCCUUCUCUCCCCCAACUCCCACCAACUUCGGUUGUGGACGAGGUGCAGCUCCUCCGGACGACAACUUGACCAUAGGAGAUGCGCUACCUGGGACUCGUGGUCGGGGCUUUACCAACGGUCGUGGCGGACGAGGCGGCCGCGGUGGACGUGGGCGGGGUAGAGGUCGUGGCGGUCGAGGAGAGGGCGGACCUUAGAGAGAAACUGAGGUGGAAUGGCAUGGUUGCUGCUUGAGAUGAGGGGUUGUACCUGCCUAUCAACGGGAUCGCAAGGCAUGAGCGAUAGCAUUCUUCACAUCACGUAGAUGGGACCACUAGUAAUCGGGAAUAAGCAUGGUGGAAUGUAGGUAGUAAUUGAUGCAUUCAGAAAGAUAUCGGCAGGCCUUGCACAACGACGUGUGCUCAUACCAACAUACCCGGAUACACACAUCCAUCCCAUAGCAAAA